CAGCAGUUAACGUUCAGCGUCCGUUUGGUUUGCACGCCACUGUAUGCGGCUCUCCGCGUUCCAUUCUACUCGAGUGUACCUCUGUGUCACGUUGCUCAUGUAAACAAAGAUACCUCCUUAUAGGUUACUUAACUCAUACGUGUUUUAGUGUAAACAAUGAUUAGUGUUGUGAUGAUUUCAAGACAAAUUUACUGAUGAAUGCAAACCGGUGUGGAAAUUUGUGCAUAUUUUGAAUAUUACGUCUACAUAUUUAUGGACCGCUUGAAACGUGAUUACCAUGUCAUUAUGCUGAAAGUCGCAUAUGAUGAUGAGGUGUAAACAGGGUUGGUAGAAGUCGGCGCGACAUGAACUCUGACGUCCACCGUCAUCAGGCGCAUCCGCCGCUUGCGCAGCACGGCGUGCACGCUGGCGCGCAGAGCGUGGGUCCGUGUGGCUGGUACUCCGCGUCGGCCGCGCCCGCGCCCACCGCGCCUGCGCGACUCAAGCGCGCCCAGCCGCCACACCAGCUGCCGUCCGGAGGUGGUGUGAGCGGCAGUAAUGGGCCACACGCGCCUCUCUCGCCCACCGCAUUGCAGAAUUCCGUUCCACUUCCACAUAAUAAUCUAAUGUCGUCGUCGGUGCGGGCGCCUGCCCCGACUCCCCGCGCCGCCAUGCACACCUCUCAGACAUCACCCGUGGUGUCAAAAGGCGCUAGUGACGUUUUGGUGAACUCAACCACAACGCAAAACCCUCCCGCCGCUGGCAACAGGCUGGUCAAUAUGGCGCAGUGGUCUUGGCACCACGGCGCGAUAUCCCGGGAGCGGGCGGAGGCGCUACUGUCGGGCUCCCCGGACGGCGUAUUCCUGGUGCGCGAGAGCACCAACUUCCCCGGGGACCACACGCUUUGCGUCAGGUUCCGCGGCCGCGUCGAGCACUACCGUGUAAAAUGGGCAACGGCGCCGGACAGUCAGACUCAACGGCUGACGAUAGAUGACGAGGAAUUCUUUGAUACCAUGACUGAUUUAAUACAUCAUUACCUGGAAGACGCGGACGGGCUAUGCACGAAGCUGGUGCGAUGUCUCCCGAAGGCGUCCCCGAACGGAGCCAACAACAUCGGCGGCGGCAUCAUGGGCUCCACAGCCCCUCAGCCCACGUCCUACCCACCUCAUCCUCAGGGCGUGGGCGCAGCAGCGCCGCCGCCGUACCCUCCGACGCCGCACGUGACGCCGCAGCCCCACUUCCCGCACACGUACUCAGCGCAGCAUCCGCCCGCGCUCCCCGCGCCGCACCCACCGCACCCGCCACACCCGCCACACCCGCCCUCCGCCGACCAGACGGAUAGUGCGUUGAUGCCGCAGAACUUCGUCGAUGCCCACUGGAGAAUAGACGAGCGCGAUUUGGAGAUCAGGGAGAACAUCGGCAAGGGGGAGUUUGCGGACGUGAUGCUGGGCAUCCUCAACGGGUCGCAGAAAGUGGCCGUCAAGAUCCUCAAGGAUCGCGAGGCCGCAACCAAAUUCCGCGCUGAGGCCAGCGUCAUGGCGUCGCUGAAGCACGAGAACCUGGUGCGGCUGCUGGGGCUGGUGUUCAGCGCCAACGGCGGCACCUGCAUCGUGACGGAGCACUGCGCGCAGGGCUCGCUGCUGGACUAUCUGCGCAGCCGCGGCCGCCACUACGUCACCGAGCUCAACCAGAUCAACUUCGCUUACGACACGUGCUGCGGCAUGGAGUACCUGGAGCGGCAGCGCGUGGUGCACCGCGACCUGGCGGCGCGCAACGUGCUGAUCUCGGCGGAGGGCGCGGCCAAGGUGGCGGACUUCGGGCUCGCGCGCGCCGACGCCGCGCCCGCGGACCCGGCCGACGCGCUGCGGCUGCAGGCCAAGCUGCCCAUCAAGUGGACCGCGCCGGAGGCCCUCAAGUACAACAAAUUCUCAAAUAAGUCUGACAUGUGGAGUUUUGGUAUUCUCUUGUGGGAGAUCUACUCGUUCGGAAGAGUGCCCUAUCCUCGAAUCCCGCUGGCGGAAGUGGUGAGGCACGUGGAGCGCGGAUACCGCAUGGAGGCGCCGGAGGGGUGUCCUCCCGGGCCCUACGAGGUGAUGCGCGCGGCCUGGCUCGCGGAGCCCAAGCAGAGACCCACGUUCGCGGCCACGCGCCGCGACCUGCUGGCCAUCCGGGAACACACGCUGCAGCACUCCAACGCUAGCGCGCACCCGUGAAGUGCAGUGAACACCCCGCCAGAUAGCAAAGGACUGCAUAAAUGAAACUGUAUAUUUUACUACGUAGGCGAUGUGCUGUGACGGUUGCGAGUUGUAUUUUAUAAUACUUGACAUAGCGUAAGUACUAAAUUAUUUUAAUAUCUUUAAAGACACUCCCUCGCUUAAGAAGUAACUCUAAUAUAGAUUAGGUAUUGUGUAAAAUUGGUGUGCCGUAGAACAAUUGUCCGGUAUUAAUGUAAUACAGGCUUUAUUACAGGGCUUUUAGUACUGUACUCGCGCAGAAUUAUUAUGUGAAUGAGGUUACAUAAUAGCCUGAUUAAAAAUAAUAGUAAUAGUUCCAGAUAGUUCCAAAAAAAAAUCCAGAGUGAUGUUAGAUCGAUCGAUUAGGUCGACGGUACGCGUCGGGUAUUAUAAUAUAGCUAUAGACAGUGAUACAUGACGGUACGAAAUUUUAAUAGUAGUAGACAGAUUAAAAUAGUGUAGAAAAUGUAUUUUGUUUUAAUGAACUGAAACAGCUGUUAGGCCAUGUUUUGGCAAUGCUUUGGAUUGAGAAAAUGAGUGUAGCACGAAGUUCAGCGUCCUUGUAAAUAUAUAUAUUUUUACAUGACAGAAUUGAAAUACUAUUUUUUCACCAAUGAAAUAUACUAUUUCUAUCUACUAUGUGAUUAACGUUUUACCUGCUAGCCUAUUCACAUAUUUAAAUCUCGCGCAGAGUCCGAAAAGGAUUUAUUCCUGACAGUUUAAAACAUGCAUAGAAGAGAAACAAGAUAAUAAUUUAUUUGAUGAAUUACCCCAGUGAUAUAGUUAAAUUAAGUUUUAUGUUGCCAUAAUACAAUAUUUCGAGAUAUAUUUACAAAUACCUAUGUUCUCUCCGAGACUGCACUAAAAGCUCUGUACAUUUUUAUUCUUAUCCAUUGUUGAGGGCCUAAAAUAAAAACGAAUUAUGUUAUUCUGAUAGACUCCACCCAAUGGCUAUCGUAUUUGCUGUAUGUCGGUACUAUGGCGCUGUCUAGUCAAAGGAAAGUUUGUAAUAUUCAUUGUAUGAUAGUUAUUAUUUCAUUGUAUUUAACGGGUGUACGGUGACUGAUAUGAUAACACAUAUUGCUAAGAAUGACAAAAGUGUCACACUAUUGUUUUCACUUUAGUCUAUUUUUACAAAGCUCGACAGGUUAAUAUACAUGGAUAACUUUAUAUAUAAUUUCAUUCGCUAUCCGGUUAAUCACAUAUUAUGCUUAACAACACAUAUAGAAUAUCGUUUUCGUAACUUCAGUAAUUUUAAAAACAACAAAUGAUGGUUAGUGUAAAACUGUAGUGCAGCUGAAAUUGAGCGAGAUAUUCGUUCCAAAUAUAGAUUAUUGUGUUCAGUGCAUUUCGACUGAUCAGAAUCAUUGCAAUCCUUGCAUUAAAUGUUGCACUUUAUUAGUAAUUUUAAGAAUAGGAAAGGAGUUGCGUAAGCCAACUUACAGGUUGUGUGUAUUAAAAUAAAUUGUAGAAAGUAUUAAAUCGUUACUUUCUCGGCAUUUGAACUUUAGAAAUUGUACUAUUCUCAAUAUAAAUGUGUCCAAUAUCGAUUUAUAAAAUUUCAUCAAUAAGCCUAAUGUAAUGUAAUUUGUUUUACACAAAGAGCUAUGUAUAUUUUACUUUAUACAUUAAGUUUUGAGAAAACAAAAAAUAACUUUAUCUAAACUUACAAAUUUAUAUUUGUUCAAUUAUGCACAAAUUUUAUGAAUUCAAAAAUUAUUGAUGAUAACUAAUUCAAGACAACAAGUAUAAAUAAAUGUUAUAAAGUUAGUGUGAUGUUGUACUUGUGUGUUCAAUUUCAAGGAACAGUUUUGUGCCAGUAUCUACAAAUGAUCUUAUGAUGUAGUUUCUACAAACCAUGAAGUUCGUACAAUAUUGGAUAAUGUUCGAUGUCGUUUGCUGCAUUAUAUAAAAAAUUUACCUAAAAUGAAUCUCAAUGACCUUGUGUCGUGGCUCGUUAAUAUAUUAAGAUUAUAUCCCUGUAAACCUGAUCCAUUGCUAAUUUGUCUGUCCCUAUAAUAUUUAAAUCAGAUGCUGUUAACAGAAUUUAAUAUUUUCAAAAGAUUUUAUAUGUGGACUUAUUUAGAUAAAUUCUUGAAUUUAAAUUAUAUACUUGAAGUAUUGAUUUAAUAGUCUAAAAUGUAUUAAUUAUGUGUGUCAAUGUUGUCUUAUUAUGCUUAUAGCCUCCACUUAGCUAAAUGGGUUUAAGAUUAAUCUACAUAUAUUUUUAAGAUUAUAUUUAUGUGUAUAUAAUUUCUUCAGUGGUGUUUUAAUGAUUUCUGCACUUCAAGCAUUAUGAGACAACAUUCUUUAAGUUUAAAAUCUGGUUCAAAGACUUUAUUAUGAAGAUAUCCGUUCAAAUAAUAAUGUAUUCUUAUGCAAUACUAGCUGUAAGUGUUAAAUUGUUUUUACGGUUUAUUUAUGAUCUAUUUGCAAAUCGGUGAGAAAUGAUUUACCAAAUCGAUUCAUAAUACGAGUCAUUUCUUUUCUACCAAAGCGUAUUUUAAUGAAAAUGACUUGUGUAGUAUUUCGAAGUCUUCCUUAUUUGAAUUUACGAUGAGAUGUAAGCAUGGAUGGGCGUACAACUGUGUGCUAGUCUUAAAGGUUUACAAUAAGCCCCAGGACUGAUAUGUUUACAGUUAUGUUUUCGUCACUACUUUUAAAAUAACGAAACAAAAAUCUCAAUUUUGUUUUGUUUAUUGCUGUAUGUACUAUUUUAUCCCACACUGUAAAUACAUUUAAUUAUAAGCGAUAAAAUGUAUAAUAACAAAAUAUAAAUCCACAAUACA